AUGAUGAGCGCGGCAUCAUUCGCGAAUCCCAUCGGCGGCCGUCCGCCGCAAUACCGUACUCCUUCCCCUCCUCUACGCGCCAUCGAACCUAUCACUCCAUCCACAACCUCCGAGUUUUCUUCCUCCUGGUCCGCCCGCGGUCCUCCUCGAGCUCCUAGUCUUGAUAACGAGCAGGUUCCGCCCAAUCAUAGACGAAAUGUCGCUGCAGAAGGUGGUUCACACCAGCGAUCGGGCCAUGGCCGCUCAAACUCGACCAUCGACACGCUUGCGACAAUCGCCCUCGCAACCAGCCCCACCUUCGCGCCGCUACCUCACAACCCGCCCUCCCCUAGUCUUCCGUCAGCUAUUCCCUUGUUCUAUUCCGACUCCGCGGACGUUGAACGUCCGGCUAAGCGAGCUCGGUCGGCGAGGAACCCGUCGCCCUACCGCCCGCGGCCAGGAAUGUUGACCGACAACCCACACGGAACGGGGCUGGAAAGCAUGACAACUGAUGCAGAGCUUCUACUCAACCUGGCACGGCCCACCCAUUUCCAACCGGGUAACCACACGAAAAGAGUGAGCAUCGACGAGUCCUACCAUCACCACGCAGGCGAUGCCAUUCGUCAAGCUCGAGUCGGCUUUGCUACUGGAAUCUCAGGCCAGAGCGAUCUCAAAAUGAACCAUAAUCCUGAAAGUCUUCCUUAUGCGCGCGUGCGCUCUCGCUCUGACGGGUCGGCCUUCAUGUCGCGUCCUACGGUGCGUGGGACCCGUCCUACCACUAGCGCUAGCACUCUCCCGCCAAUUGUUUGGGAUGAGGAACGUGACCAGAAAGCUCGCAACGCGCCAGCUGGCACUUCUCAUCAUGCUACGUUUGGACCUCAUGCCUCGGCCGAUUUGCAGGGACCUCAAUUCCCACUAAAGCCCCUAGCAGUUCCACCAAAAGUGGAAGAGGAAGAGAGCGAUGCCAAUCAAGCAAGCUGCGGGGCAUGCCAUCUAGUUCGUAUCCCAGUUGAGACUGAGGAACAGGACGAAGACACGUGGAUCAAUUGCGAUGGAUGCAAACAGUGGUUUCAUAUUGUCUGCGCCGGCUUCAAGAAUGAUCGCGAGGUUCGCACAGUUGAUAAGUAUAUAUGCCGGUCAUGUCGACCAGCCUAUGGUCAAACGACCUUUGUGCGCAAGUCCUCGCGUGCUCGGACAGCCAUUGACUACGCAGGUUUGAACCAAGGCGUCGUCAAAGCUGCCACUGACUCACUGGAGCAUCAUUAUCUUGAGCCCAUCCGUCAAGGCAAGAUCCGAUUCCAGCCUGAGAAUUUCCCUCGAAUGAAGCCUGAAUUGGUCACCGCGGAAUACUUCGAACGGGGAAAUGGAUGGACGGAACCCAUCGUGAUACCUGCCUGCUGGAACAGCUGCGAGCCCGUCAAUCCAGAAAUUCCAGAGAUCACAGCUCUAGCUCAGGAGGCACCAUCUCAAGAGAUGUUUGACGAAAUCCUCGAUCAUCUCCCUGAACAACAGACCCACGUCGAAGAAACGAUUGAUUGUGGGCAAGAUCUCUUGGGUAUGGUCAUCCCUAAGGGUCUCUCCGUCCGUGCUGUGGCGGAGCUUUACGGACCCGGAGAAAGGGUCGAGGUCAUCGAUGUGAAGUCCCAGCAAGGAGAGGACAAGAGAUGGACCAUGCAGAAAUGGGCCGAUUACUAUGAAAGCACCGAGGUGAACAAGCCCGUCAGGAAUGUCAUCAGUUUAGAGGUAUCGCAGAGCAAAUUGGGCAGACUCAUCCGACGACCGAAGGUUGUUCGUGACUUGGAUCUGCAAGAUGCUGUGUGGCCCGAGGAAUUGAAGGCAAUUGGCGAGUACCCCAAGGUUCAGUUCUACUGCCUCAUGUCUGUCGCCGACUGCUAUACCGACUUCCAUAUCGACUUUGGCGGUUCUUCGGUGUACUACCACAUCCUGAAGGGCAAGAAAACUUUCUUCUUCAUUCCCCCCAAAGAUAAGCACCUCAAGAAGUACGAAGAGUGGUGCAACUCUCCCGCCCAGGACUCGAUGUUCCUUGGGGAUCAGACCAAGGAGUGCUAUCGUGUGGAUCUCUCCGAGGGAGACACGAUGUUGAUCCCGUCUGGUUGGAUUCACGCGGUUUGGACCCCAGAAAACAGCUUGGUCAUUGGCGGCAACUUCCUGACUAAACUCAAUUAUGGGAUGCAAAUCAAGGUGCUCAACAUUGAAAAGGAUACCAAGGUCCCCAAGAAGUUCCGAUAUCCGUUCUUCCAGAAGAUCCAGUGGUACACGGCUUUGAGGUAUCUGGAGGAUGACCCCAUUCCGCAAAAGGUGAUUGAUGCAUUCAUGCAAGAUGAGAACUAUCGGUUCCACCGUCAAUAUCCUAUAUACUAUGAGUUUGGAGAACGUGCCAAUCAGGAACCUCGGGGUUCCCCCCAUCACAAUGCGCGGUUUUAUUCGCAGGCCGAGUUAGAGGGUCUACUUGAACUGACCAAGUAUCUGCUGCGGACUGCACUCAUUGCUGGUGGCUAUACUGUGGAUGGAGUCGUCUCCAUGGACGUUCGAAAUGCCGUCAGACGCUCCAUUCCUAAGGGUGCCGGGGAUCCGGUGGAUAUGAUUCGAAGGUUUGGAAUCUGGGUCGCGUGGAAGCGUGGCAAUGAAAAGGCGCCCCCUGGACUCGACCUGGCGUUAUCGAAAGCAACCACAAAGUUUCCAUCGCAGAGAAGAAACCCGCAGGGCGACCAAGCCGUCGAUGUGAACGCAACCUCGAUAAUCAGCAGGCAAGCAGUCCAGUGGCCUUCAGAGGAGCUCCCUGCAACUCCGAAUCCGCCAGCCAACAAUUUCGCCUAUGCGCAGUCCGAUGAAAGCGCAACACCGGUGCCAUUCAAUGUUGUCUCGGACAACGGCAUCAAAGAAGUUAUCACUCCCAAGCCUCGAGCUGUGCAGCGAGCUUCGGGCCUUGGUCCCAAGCGAGUGGCCUGUGAUGCCUGUCGCAAACGACGUAUCCGUUGCCGACACAAGGAUGAGCCCGGCGAUUCAGUGCUGAAUGGACAAGUUCCGGCCAAUGCCUUCACACCUGGCUCUGGCGUGAGCACUCCAUCUUCCUUAGCACAAGACGCUGUCUCUGCGCUGAACUCUCUUGCGGCCAUCGCAUCUCAAGGGUUCCAGACCAACGGGCAUCUUGCUGAUCUGGAACGAUUUGAGAGCUCGGCAAGGUUCCAAUCCGCGGUCAUGGGUAAUUCCACAGUAGCUGCCAAUCGCCUCAUCGACAUGAGCCCCGAUGGAGCCAACGGGGGCAAAAGGGGCGCAGCAAAGCGUGCGAUGAUUGUCGGAAGACGUCGUUGCAUACACGAUGAGUACGGCCGGAUAGAUCCUAUCAAAGCCCAGGAGCGUUCCAAACCUCGUGCGAAUGCUUCCGUCAAACGAGCACGCCCUGCUGAGGAUGAAGACAUACGUGCCACAGCCAAGAAAACGAAACAGGAAAGCACAUCGCCCAUGACACAGCCUGCCAUAUUCUUCGGCCAUCAUGGUGAUGAGCUAAUGGCACGAGCCGAUUUGAUGGACGGUUAUGAUCAUGAACGAACCGUUCACGUUCAGCCCAGCCAGCACAUGCCUGUGGCGGAGGAAGCACCUCCAAAACAAGCUACGUAUGCCUCACCACCUGCUUUUCUGGCCGAAUCCGCAGAAGCGAAGGACAUGAACACUACGUCAGUCUCUUCGUCUAAGCCAGCCACCUCCUUGGUGUCACCGCCUACGUCGCUGGCCGACGAGAUGGACGGGACCCAAGAGGGGGAUGCUGUACAGUCUGUGGAGGGGGAUGUGUCAACUGCUCUUCACACUCCCAACUCUAGCUCUCGACACUCAUCCCGUCAACCUCGACAUGUCGAUCGGUUCGCGCCCGACACAGCUGCUCCGCGGGCUCCAAAGGCCCCAGCACGAGCGGCGUCCGCACGCAAGACAACUCCUGCUCCACCCUCUUCGGCAAGGAAGCCUUCUUCACGCCCCUCGUCUUCACAUGCAAAGAAGAGCUCUCCGAUGUAUGAGAAGCACUUCACCCGCCACGGCCCUACAUCACUAUCUCCGCGCCAGCACAAACACACCCAACACAUGACUGGAGAUGAGGCAGCAGAUGAGGAAAGUCUUCGUUUGAUACGAGAGCUUCAGGAGCAGGAAUUUGGCCUGCGAAAACGGUCGACGCGAGUUUAA